GUGAACGGUGUGGACAUGAAGUUGCCAGUGGUGCUUGAUGGAGGCAAGAUCCGUGUCUCCCAGCAUGGGUCUGAUGUUGUGAUUGAAACUGAUUUUGGGUUGCGAGUGACCUUUGACCUCAUGUACCAUGUGCGGGUCACCAUCCCAGGCAGCUACUAUCAGCAGAUGUGUGGUCUGUGUGGGGACUACAAUGGGGACCCCAAGGAUGACUUUCAGAAGCCCGAUGGCUCACAGGCAGCCAACCCCAGUGAGUUUGGUAACUCCUGGGAGGAAGCUGUGCCCGACUCUCCCUGUGCGCCAGUGCCUCCUUGCCCAGGAGACAACUGUGGCCCUGAGUGCAGCCCAGAUCUGGAGAAUAAGUAUCGCGAGAUAGGCUUCUGUGGGCUGAUAACCAAGCCCACAGGGCCACUGGCUGCCUGCCACCAGCUGCUGGACCCCCAGGGUCCCUUGCAAGACUGCGUGUUUGAUCUCUGCCUGGGUGGCGGGAACCUGAGCAUUCUCUGCGACAACAUCCACGCCUAUGUGAGCGCCUGCCAGGCAGCUGGGGGGAAAGUGGAGCCCUGGAGGACGGAAACUUUCUGUCCGAUGGAGUGCCCCCCUCACAGCCACUAUGAGGUCUGCGCAGACACUUGCUCCCUGGGCUGCUGGGCUCUCAGCACACCCCAGAAGUGCCCAGAAGGGUGCGCAGAGGGCUGUGAAUGUGAACCUGGCUUCCUGUACAAUGGCAAAGCCUGCGUGCCCAUGCAGGAAUGUGGCUGCUACCACAAUGGGGUCUACUAUGAGCCAGAGGAGUCAGUGCUCAUUGAAAACUGCCAGCAGCAUUGUGUGUGCCAUGCAGGCAAAGGCAUGGUGUGCCAGGAUCACAGCUGCAAGCCAGGACAGGUGUGCGAGCCCUCGGGAGGCGUCCUGACCUGCGUCACCAAAGACCCAUGCCACAAUAUCACCUGCCGGCCACAGGAGACCUGCAAAGUGCAAGAUGGUCAGGGCGUGUGUGUGCCCAACUAUAACUCCACGUGCUGGCUGUGGGGUGACCCUCACUACCACUCCUUUGACGGCUGGAGCUUUGACUUCCAGGGCACCUGCAGCUACCUGCUGGCAGGAACCACCUGUCCUGGGGUCAGUGCUGAGGGCCUGACUCCCUUCACUGUCACAACCAAGAAUGAGAACCGGGGCAACCCUGCCGUGUCCUAUGUGAGACUAGUCACUGUGACCGCCCUCGGCAACAACAUCUCCAUCCACAAGAAUGAGAUUGGCAAAGUCCGGGUGAAUGGAGUCCUCACAGCCUUGCCUGUCCACUUGGCUGGUGGGAGGAUUUCAGUGGUUCACGGAGGCUCAAAGGCGGUGGUGCAGACUGACUUCGGGCUUCAGGUCACUUAUGACUGGAACUGGAGGGUAGAGGUCAUACUGCCCAGUAGCUACCAUGGUGCAGUGUGUGGGCUCUGCGGAAACAUGGACAAAAACCCCAAAAAUGACCAAGUCUUCCCUAAUGGCACGUUGGCACCCUCAAUACCCACCUGGGGCGGCAGCUGGCAGGUUCCAGGGUGGGACCCUCUUUGCUGGAAUGAAUGUCAGGGGUCCUGUCCAAUGUGCCCAGAGGACCGAGUGGAGGAAUAUGGGGGCCCUGGCUUCUGUGGCCCUCUGGCUCCUGGCUCAGGGGGCUCCUUUGCCAAGUGCCAUGCCCAUGUGCCUCCUGAAAGCUUCUUCAAGGGCUGUGUGCUGGAUGUCUGCCUGGGUGGUGCCAACAAAGACAUACUGUGCCAAGCACUGGCUGCCUAUGCUGCUGCAUGCCAGGCUGCAGGCAUCAAGAUCGAGGACUGGAGGACUCAGGCUGGUUGUGGUGAGUGGUGGUGAGCAGGGCAGGGGGUGGCACAUGGC